AUGGGUCUUCCAAGCGAAACUCUGGCCAGCCCCGGCGCCUCCCCCGACCCGUCGGCCGGCACACCGUGCCCGCCGCAGCCCAAUCGGCAAUCUUCAGAAAAUUCAAGCAUCAGCGACGAGGAUGGCCUCUGGGUGCAGGCGCCCGCUACCGAAGCGGCGCCCGUCACCGGCGUGCAGCCGUCUGCCGUCCUCGAGGCGCCCUCCGGGGCGGUGCAGCUCUCCAGGGUGGCGUCGGCGCCGUACACCGUCUUCUCGCAGCGCGCGCGGGUCGGCAUCACCGUCAUGGUGUGCUUUGCGAGCAUGGUGUCACCCAUGACGUCUAACAUUUACUUCCCCGCGCUCGACUCGGUCGCGCACGACCUCGGCGUGUCGCUCGCCCUCAUCAACCUGACCCUCACGACCUACAUGAUCUUCCAGGGUGUGGCGCCGACGCUACUCGGCGACUUUGGCGACAAGGCCGGGCGGCGGCCGGCAUACACGCUCUCAUUCCUCGUUUUUCUCGGCGCCAACGUCGGCCUCGCCCUGCAGCGCGACUACGCCACCCUCAUGAUCCUCCGCUGCUUGCAAGCCGCGGGCAGCAGCGGCACCCUCGCCCUCGGCUACGGCGUCGUUGCCGACCUUGCACCCCGGUCCACCCGUGGCAAGUACAUGGGAUACCUCGGCGCCGCCAUCAAUGUCGGGCCCACGCUUGGUCCGUUUCUCGGUGGCGUGCUGUCCCAGACCCUCGGCUGGCCGUCCAUCUUUUGGUUCCUCGCCAUCUUCGUCGCAGCCUUCCUCGUCCCUUGGGUGCUCCUCGCCCCCGAGACAGGUCGCAACGUCGUUGGGAACGGCUCCUACGCCGCCCAGAAAUGGAACCGCCCACUGGUGCCUUGCUCCAGGGACCGCCGGCCCAAGGAAGAGAUGCCGGCAUCGCAGAGACCUCGACUCUCCAUUCCGAACCCGCUUGGCACCCUCGUCAUGGUGUUUGAGAAGGAGAUGGGCUGCAUCCUGCUGAUCGCGGCCGUCAUCUAUCUGUGCUUCAUCCUGGUUGCCGCCACCAUGGGUACGCUGCUCAAAGAGAUUUACCACUAUAAUGAUUUGCAGGCUGGACUCUGCUAUCUACCGUAUGGGUUGGGCUGCUGCGUCACCUCGGUUGUGCAGGGCUACGCACAAAACUGGAACUAUCGCAGAAUCGCCAACAAGGUGGGGUUUGACCUCAAGUCAAAAGAGCACGGUGAAAAGUUUCCCAUCGAGAGAGCCAGGCUGCAGCUCAUCUAUCCGUCCAUGCUGGUUGGUGCAUCAGCACUGAUAGGAUACGGAUGGGCGUUGCAGAUGGAAACGUCAGUUGCGGUGCCACUGGUCAUGGUCUUUAUCAUCGGCAUGAUGAUACCGACAUCACUCAAUAUGAUAACGACGCUCAUGGUCGACCUCUUUCCCGAGGCGCCGGCCAGCGCGGCUGCUGCUAAUAACUUGGUUCGCUGCUUGCUUGGUGCAGCGGCAACCGCCGUCAUUGAGUACAUGCUCAACGGUAUGGGCCGAGGAUGGUGCUUUACUUUUUUAGCGCUUCUCAUGUUUGCUUGCGUGCCAUGGGUUUUGUAUAUCGAACAUGUCGGGCCACGAUGGCGUGCAGAGAAGCGCCAACGGCAAGAGCUGAGAAAGCUGAACGAGUCGCUGUAG